ACCGAGGAAUAAAAUUUUUUGCAGUUAAAUCCAUUUUUUUAUAAACAAUCGUCUCCAGAAAGAAAAAGCGAACAUGUCAUUAUUUUCAUUAUUUGGACCUAAGUAUCCAACUCAAAUUGCAAAACCUAUGUCUCAUUUCUUCAUUGCUGCAAGUAUUGUAUGGCUCUCUUUGAACAAAGUUGAAACUUCAAUGCAAUCAAACCCUCCCUAUGAUACUGAUCCUCGUAAUCCUAAAGCUUUAUUGAAUAAGCAGCUUAAAGAACAUCAUUAAAUAAUGAUGAAGUCAUUAUGUUUCUACAAUUUCAAUUGGUAAAAAUGAGAUUUUUUGGCUAAUAUUUUCAUAGAAACAUUUCAUUAAUAAAUUUUGAAUCCAAACAAAUCAUAAUUACGAUAAUUUAUU